UUACUUGGAUACUUUUUUGAGCUACCUUCUCUAUUCAUGAUCUCAUGUAUGAUUCUACUUCUAGACAUGGACAAAAUGAACUACAUUCUCCUAGCAGCAUUCAUUAUUCUAACCCUAUCCUGCACUUCUGGCUAUGCACUUCGAUGUUAUAUCUGUGAACAAAGUCCUUUUCUCUGUAGAACCAACCUCACCUGUUCUGAGGAAGAAGAUGCUUGCUUGCAAAUUAGAAUGGUGAAUUUGAGAACGUACAGGUGCUGGAAAAUGUCAAAAUGCGGCAAAGAUGUUAUAGCCCAGGAGUUUAGCGUUGACAGUUUUAGACACCUUUGCUGCCAAAGAGAUUUCUGCAAUAAGAGUCCAAGUCUCCUCGUCAGUACCACUCCCUUUGGUAUUUCAGCAGCAAUUGUGGUUUGGAUGAUGUCCCGGUAAUAAGGAGAUUCAAAGUAAUAUGUUCUCUGCGUAUCCCAGUUCUAACCAGAUACGCAAGCACUUUUACUGGAACAGCUAAAGCUAUUUGAAGAAGCACUGUCUUUGUAACUACAAGAGUGUUAAAGCUAAGCCAGGAAAGCAAUGGGGAAAAAAAAUAUAAAAAUGGAAAACCAAUUUUGUAAGAAAGUACUCUCACUCAG